AUGUCGAACAGCACCAUCGCCGCAAGAGCUCAUGCGGAUCGAGUGGCAACAGUAUCUCGGUCUGUCAGGAAUUUCUAUGAGAAGAAGGUACCUUUCCGAAUCUUCCAUGGAUCCUCCAAUUCUACCAGAGCAGCGGCUCGACAAGAGAUUGUUGACAUCUCGGGACUCAAGCACAUCAUAUACGUGGACAAGACGAAGAAGACCGCUCUAGUGGAGCCGGGUAUUGCCAUGGACGAGCUGGUCAAACACUUGCUUCCCUACAAUCUUAUGCCAGCUGUGGUUCCCGAAUUCCCUGGUAUUACAGCCGGAGGCGCGUUCGCUGGUACUGCUGCCGAGAGCUCGUCCUUCCGCUACGGGUACUUUGAUAGGACCGUCAACAGCGUGGGAAUGGUGCUCGGGAAUGGGGACAUUGUCCACGCAUCGCCCAAGGAGAAUGCAGACCUCUUCUUCGGCAGCGCUGGAUCACUAGGAACGCUGGGUAUCACGACCCAACUUGAAGUCCAGCUCGUUGACUGCGGCGAGUACGUCAAAGUCACCUACAUCCCCGUCUCAUCCCACACCGAAGCCCUCGCGCUCUUCGCAAAUGUAGGCCCAGACGUCGACUUCAUCGACGGCCUCAUGUUUUCCAGCCGCCACGGGGUCGUCGUAGAAGGCCGCCUCGUCACCGAAAGCACCAUCAAACCCAUCCCCAUCGUCCGCUUCACCCGCGCGCGCGACCCCUGGUUCUUCGCACACGCACACUCCAAAAUACGCUGCCAACCUGCCUCGGGCACCUACCAAUGCCUCACCUGCCACUGGACGAGCAAAUCACGCACCUACCGGCAAACCAGCACCACAACCACCGAACUAGUGCCCGUCGCCGACUUCAUCUUCCGCUACGAGCGCGGCGUCUUCUGGAUGGCGUGCUACGGCUGGGCGCCCAAGCUGUGGAACCGCCUCACCCGCACCGUCUUCGAUCCGCUGUGGCACACACGAUUCCAGUACCGCGUACUCCACCUCGUCGGCGGGACGCCACACAUUAUCCAGGACCUGGCUAUUCCGGCACAGCGCGCAGACGGAUUUGUGCAGUAUCUUGAAGACGAAUUGAAAAUCUACCCACUGUGGUUGUGUCCGAUUAAGCAGGACCCCAGGGCGUUGAUGCACACUGCAUCUACGUGCACGGAUUUCACGACCGCGCUGGUCAACGUAGGAGUCUGGGGGAGUCCGAAUUACGGCGCGGAUUUUCUGCGCGCGGAAACAUAUGACCAAUUCAUCAAGACCAACCGCGAUAUUGAGGCUAAGGUUGCGCGGGUUGGGGGGCUGAAGUGGUUCGAGGAGGAGUUUUGGCGGAUCUAUGAUAAGGAGAGACAGUUUGCCGAAUUUGUGGGAGAAGGUGAGGAGGAGUAG